AUGGAAGACCAUUGUGAGCUGCAGGAGGUUAUUAUUGAAGCUCCUGGGCCUAAGUUAAAAAAGUCCUUGAGUUUAGUUCAUUGUGUUGCUAUUAUCGUUGCGAUUUCUGGACAUUCUGCUAUAUUUAUUUCACCCACAUCCAUCUUGCAAUCAGCAGGUUCACCAGGAGCUGCUGUAAUUGUCUGGUUAGUUGGCGGACUCAUCAAUAUGGGAUUAGCUCUUUGUUUUGCUGAACUUGGAACCAUGUUUCCUACUGCUGGUGGACCUUAUGCCUUUGUCUUGAAAGGACUCGGUCCUUUGCCAGGAUUUUUGUUAGUGUAUGGAUAUGUCACUUUGAUAGCUGGGCCAAUUUGGUCUUUUAUUUCUUACACAGCUGCUUUGUACAUCGUUAAACCAAUCUUUCCCGACUGUGAAAAUACUUCCAUGAAUCUCGGAGUCAAGCUGUUGGCUGGUUGGAUAUUAGUCACUGUAGUUGUAGCGAAUUGUUUAUAUAUGAAAUAUGUUAGAAGAAUUCAAACAUUUUUAUCAAGCACAAAGAUCACGGCUUUACUCUUAAUAAUCAUCGGUGGAAUUUAUGAAUUAGCUCUAGGAGAAACAGAGUAUUUAGACUCACCAUUUGCAGGAACAACUGAAGAACCUGGUGGAAUGGCCAUCGCAAUAUUUUAUUCUAUAUUUUCUUACGGUGGUUGGCAAGUUAUGACCAUUAUGAGUGAAGAAUUAAAGCGUCCCGAAAGGGAUCUACCGCGAUCUGUAUAUAUUGCUUUACCAGUUAUUACCAUCAAAUAUUGUUUGAUUAAUAUCUUGUUUUUCACCUUGAUCUCACCUAAUGAAUUAAUGAAAACCACGGCCGCUGCUCUGUUGUUUACAGAAAGAUUAUAUCGCCCACUUUCAGGUUUGAUGUCGGUUUUAGUAGCUACUACUUCUAUAGGUGCUCUAAAUGCUGCUAUAAUGGGGCAUUCCAGAUUGUUAUUUGCUGGUGCCAGAGUGGGUCAAAUGCCAAGGUUAUUCGGUAUGAUACAUGUUCAAUAUUUAACUCCUUGGCCUGCCAUUAUCAUUUUGUUAAUAUGGACCUUGAUUAUGCUAUUUACCGGUACUUUAACUACUAUGAUGCAAUUAACAGCAUUCUGCACCAUAAGCAUGGGAAUAGCUGUAGUCAUAACUCUUUUGUAUCUGAGGUACAAACAGCCUCAAUUUUCCAGACCAUACAAGACCUAUUUAAUAAUACCUAUAAUAGAAUUGUUAGUUGGAAUUGGCUUAUUAGUUCUGGCGAUUUAUCAGAAACCAUAUACCAUCGGUAUGGGACUGCUUGUUAUACUUUCUGGUAUACCCUUAUAUUGGUUUGGUGUGCUCUGGACAAAUAAACCAAAGAAAUUCAAUAAUUUAGUCGGUGAGUAUCGUUGCAAUGUAUCCGUAAUACUUUCCAUAAUUAGAAUCAGAUGA